GAAGGCAGUCCGGCGGUAAUUGAGGAAUGCAGCAAGCCUGUAGGUUUCCGCCGAACAAUUGACCCAAUGACAGCGCUGCUGUGCUGUGGGCGGACCGUAGCCAGACCGGCUGCGCUCUGCAGCCUCUGACUCCUGCCUCGCCCGUGUUUGCAAGCUUCCGCGCGUACCUGCACCAAACGACCGUCCGGAGGACAUCAAGGGCAAUCUGUCCCUCGAGAUGCGCCAGCUCGCGGUCAACUUCAUGCACUUUGCCAUCGCAGACGGUGCUGUCUUCGGUCAUGUACAACGACGCGCUGGAGGUGUCGACGAACAUGAAUCUGACCUUCCACGCCUCUGUCGUCGGACUGAGGACGAAUCUCAGAAUGGUGGGGACAUCGCUUGCUGUAAAUGGGCGGAGAUAAGCGUGCGGUGCGAGUUGGAGAUCACCUUCAACCUGUCACCAAGGAAGCAAGGCAUACCCUCCAGCCCAUUAAGUGCAGCAAGUACAAGAAGGGAAGGAGUAUCCCUUAAGACCACUGUCCGUCAUGUCUGCGGUCAAAGAAUUCAAACUGCAACAAGUCACGCAGACUCAGAGCUGCCAAAGAGAGACAUCCAGGAUGUCAGCAUGCAGCAGCUCCUUCUCCAGAGUCCUGCGCCACCACUGGUAGAAAUUUCAGACAGUGGCCUCCGUGCGUGGAUGUCCGUCCUCGAAGGGUUCAUCAUGCUGUUUUGCACACUCGGAUACCUCAACUCAUUUGGUCUGGAUCGGCUCUCUGCAGGUGCCAGCGUGGGCAGGAUUGUGUACCCAAUCAUGCUCAACCAGCUCAUACAUGGCUCGGCAGGGUUCGCAUGGGGCGUGCGCACAUCGGCGUUCUUGACGCUCAGCCUGCUCACCAUCACAAACUGUCUCAUGAUGACACAGCUGCCUGGAAGGGAGGAUGGGUUGGCAUCUAUGGGCAUGCUCAAAGCUGUCUUUGCUGACCUCGCAUAUAUCUCGUUGAUGAUUGGGUAUGUCGCUGCUGCUUAG